CAGCCGCACAGAUCCCAGGCCUGCAAGAGACGAGCCUCCCUGCUGCAGGAUCAUCAUUUCCAGGGGAGGAACACGCCAAAUAACUCCAAGAGCUUUUGAAGAUGGCACCAUCAGAACAUAUCCCAUUAGAUAUUAAUAUCAAGGAGCCCCGAUGGGAUCAAAGCACUUUCGUUGGACGAGCCAAUCACUUCUUCACUGUGACAGACCCCAGGAAUAUUCUGUUAUCUGAUGCCUCACUGGAAAAUGCAAGAAAAAUUGUGCAUGAUUACAGACAAGGCAUUGUGCCACCUGGCUUGACAGAAGAUGAGUUGUGGAGAGCAAAAUACAUCUAUGAUUCAGCUUUUCACCCAGACACCGGGGAGAAGAUGUUUGUGAUCGGCCGAAUGUCCGCCCAGGUCCCCAUGAACAUGACUAUCACAGGCUGUAUGAUGACCUUUUACAGAACGACUCCAGCAGUGCUUUUCUGGCAGUGGGUCAACCAGUCCUUCAAUGCUGUAGUAAAUUACACGAACAGGAGCGGGGAUGCCCCCAUCACUGUCAGCCAGCUGGGAACAGCCUAUGUUUCUGCCACCACAGGUGCUGUUGCUACAGCCUUAGGACUUAAUUCAUUAGCAAAGCGUGUCUCUCCUCUCGUAGGGAGGUUUGUUCCUUUUGCUGCUGUUGCUUCUGCCAACUGCAUCAAUAUUCCACUAAUGAGACAAAGGGAACUCAAGUUUGGAAUUCCUGUCACGGAUGAGGAUGGAAACAGACUGGGUGAUUCAUCCAAAGCAGCUCAGCAGGCAAUUGCCCAGGUGGUGAUAUCCAGGAUUCUGAUGGCUGCUCCUGGCAUGGCAAUUCCUCCCUUCAUAAUGAAUACCCUGGAGAAGAAAGCCUUUUUAAAGAAAUUUCCUUGGAUGAGUGCUCCCAUUCAGGUUGGAUUAGUUGGAAUCUGUCUCGUGUUUGCAACUCCCCUGUGUUGUGCACUGUUUCCUCAGAAAAGUUCAAUGUCGGUGUCGCGCUUGGAGCCAGAGUUGCAAGCCAGGAUCAAAGAAAAGAGCCCUGGCCUAGAACGUGUGUACUUCAAUAAAGGAUUAUAAUUCAAGGAAGGCAAAGUAUCUUCCAAGGAGAAACUUAUGAACUUAUUUUUUGAAUUGUGUGCCAGCAUUGACAAGAACACACCUUGGUCUUGUCCUUUGUUAAACAAGUUUGAUUAUCUGCGUUGUUUUACAGUUAAAGACUUUCCUCGGUGUAGUGGUUAAAUUACAUAAGGUCACUUUGUCCACUUUGGUAUUGAUUGAAAGUUUAAACAUACAUAUCCAGAGAUGUUUACAUAAGCUCUCAAGCAGCUACAAUAACAAUAAACAAGCGCACAAUGAAAACCA